AUGCUGGCUUGCAUUGGAUAUAUUGUUCCUGAGUACUUCCGAUGGCCGGGCUACUGCUCGCCUUCCAUGAAUUUGUCCUUCACGGAUAUCCCCAACGGCCUCAAGGGCGCGGCCAUGGUGCCAUUGGCAGGUGGGCUGCGUGGGGUGACCAAUCUGCAGAAGAUCCAAGACAAAGUGUUGGGCGACUACGGCUAUGGUGCCUUUGGAAUUCCUUUCGGCAAGAAGAUCGAGAACGAAGAGAAGAAAAUGAAGAGCCUCACUGCUGAGAUCAACAAUGGACGCCUGGCCAUGAUGGCCAUCAUUGGCAUGUUCUACCAGGACGGCUUGACCGGCAGUGCCUGGGGCGACUGGGCCAACUACGCCGACUCGCCUCUACGAGCUUUCGAGGAAGAGCUUGGUGUCCAGGCUCCGGUGGGCUUUUGGGAUCCGGUCGGCUACACCCGAGAUGGCGACAUGGAGACCUUCAAGCGCCGCCGGGAGACUGAAAUCAAGCAUGGCCGGGUGGCGAUGUAUGCCACCACGGGAUACAUUGUUCCUGAGUACUUCAAGUGGCCAGGAUAUUUGUCACCCUCCAUGGGUUUGAAGUUCAGUGACGUGCCCAACGGCCUGGCUGCCAUCAGCAAGGUUCCGGGCAACGGCUGGGCGCAGAUCGUGGCCUUUGCCGGCUACUACGAGCUCUUCGUCUACAAGUACAGCGGCACCCCAGGUGACUAUGGCUGGAAGGCAAUUAGCUCCACAGAUCCUGAGACCAAGAAGCUCAUGCUGAAAGUCUUGCUGCCGUUGUGUCACGUGGCGAAAAGCCCUUCAGCCCCCCUAGGCAAGCUCAAUGCGGAAUUGGCCAACGGACGGCUGGCCAUGAGACUUGGAAGGUAG